AUGUUUGCCUGUUGCUGCGCUGAAUCCGCCGCUCCGGCGGAGGUACACACGGAGGAGCGGCAUGACGGGGGCGAUGAGUCUCCGGGGGAUGCCAAGCUGGGAGGAGCAGCUUCCACCAAGCAAGAGGCCCCUGCGAAAAAGCCAAUGACUGCCCCCGCAGUUGAACGCGCACGGCGGACUUCAGCUCCGAUGCAGUGUCCUCUUGAUGAAGGCAUAUACCUCAUGUACAGCAGCGAGAUGGACAGCAUCUACGCACAGUGGUCGACAUCCCCCGAGCCCAGCGCCCUGGCUUGGCUCAAGCCCUCAGUUGCUGUCCCUAGACACAAGUUUAAGGUCAAUGGCGGAAGGCAAACGCUUUUCAAUAAAGCAGUGGAGGACGGCAAGUACUACGAGGGCUGGAUCAAGUUCGUUUGCAUUGCAAAUGAACUCCCCUCGAAGCUUAUGCUUCUAGACAACUUUGGCGCAUGUGGCGCCCCGGAUGUGCAGGUGCUACAACUGGCCUCCCCCGGGGAUGCUUCCUCCGCAGGAACAGAAUACGUAGCCCAGCCCAUCGGGGAGUACAAUGCGCUGUAUGACUUGAAGAACAUCAAGGCGAUUGCUAUUGUGCCUGUUACCAGCACACUAAUUCCGAUUGGUCAGCCCAUCACGCCCCAAAAGUUCUUGCAGAUGGGACAGGGAGAGGGCGGUGCGCAAGCCAUCAAUAUGAGAUAG